AUGUAUGGUCACCUCACGCUAAAGUACAAACUCACUCAAAAAGACACACCUCGAGGCCAGAAAAAUCCUCCAAAUCACAAAGCGGGCAGACCAAAAAUGAAAGAAAACGCGGAUCCUCGUCAGUCUCUAUUGUCGUUCGGCAGACAAGGAGAACAUCAUAGGGAUACUUCAUCUAGCAGCACUGCGCCAGUCUCUCGCAAUGUCACAGAUAAGGAAACAGAAAGCUCUCUAUUCCUAGCCGUGUUUGAUACAGAUAGCCAUGAAGCCCAAGCUGCUUCAAGGGAGUACACCAGUACGGUGACGAGCGGUUAUAUUCAUCCAGCAAUUUCUUUGACAGAAAUGGCUUUAGCAUCUGCGCCUACUGAAGAUAUGGACGAAUUUGUGGAUGAGAUGGAAGACUCUGAAGACAGCAGUGAUGACGAAGGCAACUAUGAUGUAGUUGAAAAUAGCGAUCGCAAUGCAUAUAGCAAUCAAUCAAAAAAAGCCGAGAAGGUAAUGCACCAGACAAAGACUUCGAACAGCUGCAAGCUCGGGAUUGUAGCUCAAAAGUGCCCUGAAGAAUACAAAAGAGGAACGUUCUGGGUGCUGCCGCCUGAACCGUUCUUUGCUCUUAUCAAAAAGCUCGAGCCCGAGGCGCUGUAA